AUGCUUAAGAGGUCAUUUGGCAGGAGAAUUGACCCUAAGACCAAUCUUCUUUAUCAUAUUGAAAAUGAUGUCCCUACAUUAAACGAGUCUCCAUUAGUAGAAAACUUAAAGCCUAAUGAUAAAAUAAACGAGCAUAGAGGUGUGAUUGUAGACCGAAUGAUUGCAUUAGAUAGGUAUACACAUGAGUUGACAGAGUGUGGCUUUGGCAAUUUGGAAAAGACCAAAAAUCGAUUUUAG